UUUAUACCGCGUGGAAUUUAUUUAUGUUGAACUUUAACUAACGCCUGGAGUGUGUAUGUGCUUAGAGAAUUCAGGAUUGUGAUGUGUAGAAAGAACGAAAACUUAACCAGGAACGCUCUGUCAUCCCCGAAUGCUGAUUUGGAUAUAUAAAUAGAAACACGUGCAACUGUGCGUCAUUUAACAUGUGAACAGCUCUACAGAGUUAUCUCCUGUACUCACUGUAUCUCGAGGCGGCGCUGCAGUUUAAAAGAGACUUUUUAAAAUAUGUUACAACUGAGACAAUUGUUUCACCACAAAACCGUUCUGACCAAUGAUUUCAUUUGAAUGAGGAUUUUCUAUAUGGAUAUUGCUCAUAUACGCAAUUCUGAAAAUCAUUUAGAUUGAUCGAAGCCAAAAGAUAAUUAUAUAACACUUGAAAUUUUAAACGUGAUUAGAAUUAAAAAUAAAUAAAAUGAAAUGUUGCGAUCGAUUUGAAAACUCACCACAGAAAUAGUAAUAACAAUACAACGAUGAGAGACCGUAUAUACGUUAUCUGUUUUUUAACACUAGUUAUUUACAUUUGUCGAUGUUGGUAAGCAGGGUAGCUAUGUUACCUUCUAUUACGCUUAUGUUAGUAUAACAGAUAGAAGAAAACAAUGAGACUAGACACAGACUGAAAUGGCCCUUAAUACGGGUAUACUAUGACCGAAAACAAUCAACACGUGAUAAAUAUAUAACCGGCAGACGAGAAAAAGGUGUUUACUCAGCGUUCCAGCGUUAACGAGGAACUGAAGUUCCUUAAAUUAUACGAAGACGCUACCAAGAUGACAUUCAGAAGCUUUCAGGACUGCUAUUAUACAUAGGAUAUAUAUCGACGAACAAGAGCUAGAUGAUUGGAACUUUGAAUACGAAAGUAACAUUUUCGAAAAUAAUUUCUAUCAUGGAAUUGGAGAUCAACCAAAGAGAUGCACAAGGCAUAGAUAUGGAGUUAUCGUCCUCACCGGAAGUAGAAACUCCUGCGGGAACACCGUCCCCGGAAGUUCGAUCGAAAAAGGAAAAAAGAAAGACAAGUACGUCUUCCAUCUCUAGUAGUUCGCCAGGAAGGUCAAAGACUCGAAACCUAAUGUCCCGAUUAGGGCGUCGCACGGGACAAACAGCAAACCCGGGUACGGAAGAGGAAGAGGAGGUAGGCAAAGGAUGGCGCAGUCUCCGGCACGCGGUCAAGGUCACGAACGCCGUAACACCAAAGAAAAAGUCCACUGUGACACGUGAAGAUUCAUUUCUGAAAAAGUUUUCAACACGACAGCCUUAUAGGGUAGAAUCCAAUUGUAAUCCUGUCGAAAACCACACUGAAAAUGUAAGCAAACAUGAGACAAAAGAAAAACAUCGAACAGUGUUUCGGAUGGACGGUAACCUGAUGUUGUAUUGGACAGGACUAGUCACGGUGGCCGUGCUCUAUAAUCUAUGGACGUGCAUUGCACGUGAAGCAUUUAGAGAGAUACACGAGAACCAUUUAUUCGUGUGGAUCACGUGCGACAUCGUAUGCGACAUUGUGUAUGUUUUAGAUAUCGUUUGUCAGUUCCGUACAGGGUACUUAGAUCAAGGACUUAUGGUGUUUGAUUCCGUAAAACUUGCCAAAAAUUAUAUCUCAACAAAAUAUUUCUAUUUGGACCUCGUGUGUUUGUUUCCAUUGGAUUUUAUACAGUUUUUCAUUGGAAUACACCCAAUGGUGCGAUUCCCAAGAUUCAUCAAGCUGUAUCGAACGUUUCGGUUCCUUUACAUGCUAGAAUCACGGACGGCGUAUCCAAAUUUCUUUCGUGUAGCCAAUCUGACGCAUAUACUUUUCCUCGGUUCUCAUUGGUUUGCUGCCUUUUAUUACCUUAUAUCAGAAGCCGAAGAUUUCAAAGGGGACUGGUCGUACCCUAAACCAAUAGGAGAGUUCUCAUCGGUGACCCGGAAGUAUCUAGCUUCACUGUUUUGGUCGACCUUGACCCUAACUACGAUAGGUGACCUUCCACCACCGGAAACUAAUUGGGAUGCUCGCCUUUCCUAUUCAGCGUAUGUUUUCGUCAUAGUCAGUUACCUAAUCGGUGUUUUCAUCUUCGCCACAAUUGUCGGACAGGUGGGAAAUGUUAUAACAAACCGAAAUGCCAGUAGACAGGAAUUUGAGAGGCUUCUGGAUGGGGCUAAGCUGUACAUGAGGAUGCACAACGUUCCACCACAGCUUCAGAAACGGGUACAAAGAUGGUACGAUUACGUGUGGAAACGUGGCAGGAUGAAGGGAUCUGACAUCAAUUCUCUAGGUAUGCUACCUGAUAAGUUUAAAACUGAGCUGGCCAUUCAUGUAAACCUCGAGACACUGAAAAAGGUAACCAUAUUUCAAGAGUGCCAGCCGGAAUUUCUUCAUGACCUGGUGCUGAAGAUGAGGGCGUACAUUUUUACCCCGGGAGAUUUGAUCUGUCGACGUGGAGAAGUAGCACGGGAGAUGUUUAUUAUAGCUGAUGGUCUCGUUGAAAUUAUUAGCGAAACAGGAACAAUUUUGACUCAAAUGGGAACUGGAGACUUUUUCGGAGAGAUUGGUAUUCUUAAUCUUGAUGCCGGUAUAAACAGGCGAACGGCCGACGUAAAAUCAGUUGGCUAUUCGGAACUAUUCGGGUUGUCUCGGGAGGAUGUGUUAGAGGCCCUCAAGGAUCACCCUGAGGCGGAGCAAAUUAUCCGAUGCUAUGGACAAAGACGGUUAAAGGAAAUAGAAAAGGAUCGCAAACAGACAAAACAAUUAGCUAACGCAAAUCUAUCACCGGGACAUCUAUGGUCGCCAAAUUCCCCGUGUAAAGGACUUCGUGCGAUUAUAACCGCCUCACAAAAAGCGUCGCCUAAUAAGCAAGGAGGAUUGCCUGGAAUUCGAGUUUCGAAUUUUGAUGAAGAAAACGAAAAUCGGUUGAAUGGAAAAUCUAAAUUUGUUAAUAGUGUCAAAAGAUUAGUAGGUAAACGUAGUCGAAGAAAGAGCUAUAAAAGUCAACAUAAAAUUCACCAGACAAGUUUGGUCCAUCCAGUGGAAAAUUCCCAUUCCACUCCUAUGUAUCCAGGUUAUGACACAGAGACAAAUCUAUCGGCAAACGUCAGAGGCAAUCCGAAUGGAACUUUAGUUUGUGAAGCUAUAGAGAAUGAUAGUAGUAACAAAACACUAGGUGUCGGUUCGGCUGAACUACUAACACAAUCACUAAGCGUAAAUCCGAACGACUUGUGCCAGAGGCAGAGUUCAAGUGAACAUAACACAAAUGUUGCAACGAUUGGAAUUGUAGAAGAAUGUGGGAUGUGCUCAAGAACGAAUUCCCAGAAAAUUCAGGCUGGAGACAGUUUAUCCUCGACGAAUGUGAUUAGUGCUGAUUUGUUAUCACCUGUCUCAAAUACUAAUACUCAAAACCUACUUAUGCAAGGAAACCCUACACCACAGCAACCCGUUACCAUGUCAACUAACAGUCACGAAAAUUGUGCCGACACAGUUACUAACCCUAACAGUGAAAACUCGUCCAGUGGAUUGUACCAACCGCCAUAUCGAAAUUACAUCCGGGUUCUUCAAGGUACGUCAAAAUGGCCAGAAUCCUUCACAUUACCGGAUAAAAUCACAAAUAUCGAAGAAGAACAUUCACCAUGUGGCUCGCCCCGGAUAUGUAGUCGCCGUACGUCCGUUGGAUCUGCAACCCCCGAUAGCCGUGCCACGUGCUGUUGUUACAAAUUAAGACAUCACUUUAAUGACAUGGAACACAAACUGGGGAACAUGGAAGAGGUUUAUAAAAAUACCUUAAAAAUGCUAAGUGCAAUUUCCGAACAACAAAUUUUAAUGAUGAAGGAAAUGAGUAAACCCAAGACCGUUUUAAUGGAGGACUCCAUAGAUCAAAAUGACCCUUACCUGGAGAUUACACGAUUAUAGAAAUCUCUCACAUCGUCCAUCGAAGUCCAGAAAUAUUGCCAAUGGUAAAAUGCGCGGUAGAUUUAUGUGCUGCAACGACUAAACAGAAACGGUCAUGAAUGAAAAGAAGGUCUGACGUGCUGAUGAUUCAUUAAAUGAAGUAUGCUGAUUUACUUGAAGCCGAAUGCCCACACACUUUGUUUCAUUAUCAGCAUGUUGCAUAGAUAGGCAUUACAAGAUGUUGCAGCAUGGGUUUUAUAAAAAUGCUUGUCCGCGUAACAGCUGAAGUGUCGCAAGGAAGAAAAUGAAAAUAAAGAAUGAUCAGACACGAAUCAGUAAAUCUUAGUCUUGUAAUGGAAGUAUUAGAAUGUCCUUUCAUUCAUUGCACCAUGUGAAAUGAGAUAUUGAAUCCUCUCUUGAGGAGAAGUAAAGGCACUUCGCUCAAAUUCAUAUUAUGUAAUGUUUUUGUUUUGUUACUUUAAUAAAA